AUGGGGGAGCCAAGAUCUGCAUCAUCAUCUCAAGGUUCUUCAACAACAACAACACUACCUCCCUCACCACCACCUCUUCCAUCUCCCCAGAAAAUCUCCCUCGUCCAACCAUCACAAAGAAAGAAACACAAACCCAAAGUCGUUCGUGUCUUUCGCUCCGUUUUUCGAUCUUUACCCAUUAUAACCCCUUCAUGCAAAUUCCCAUCGCUCCCAAUGGGAGUCCCAGACGGUCACCACAAGAACGUUAACUCUAAGGUAUCUGGGACCUUGUUUGGUUACCACAAAGGACGUGUUAGCCUCUCUGUUCAAGAAAACCCAAGGUGCUUCCCUUCGUUGGUGCUUGAAUUAUCCAUGCAAACUAACUCGUUGCAGAAGGAGAUGGCUGCAGGGAUGGUAAGGAUUGCACUUGAAUGUGAAAAGCGUCCAGAAAAGGACAAGACCACGUUGAUUGAAGAACCUUUAUGGACAAUGUAUUGCAAUGGGAAAAAAAUUGGUUAUGGUGUGAGAAGGGAAGCUAAAGAGGAGGACCUUAAUGUGAUGGAGCUUCUAAGGGCUGUGUCAAUGGGUGCUGGUGUUCUUCCAGGUAAACCUGACGUUGAUGAGGUUGAUGGAGAGUUGGUUUACAUGCGUGCACCUUUCGAGCACGUUGUGGGGUCUAAGGAUUCUGAGACUCUCUACAUGUUGAGCCCUGAGGGAAAUAGUGGGCCAGGGCCUGAGCUUACUGUAUUUUUUGUGAGAAUUUAA